UUUGUUGUCUCAUUGCAUACAGUCGAGGCUGUGUGGACUGGCAGUUAAGCUUUCCUGAAUACUUAUUUUCAAACGGUAUUUUUUUACGUUGGGACAGGUGACCUCCGCUGAGUCUUUGGGGACGAUGAGUUGGUCGUAACUUAGCUGUGAGAAGAAACCAGGAAAAAUGGAAAACAACCUCGGGGAGAAGAAGAGCAUCACCCUCUCAGAGGUCAGAGUCAUCCUGAUUGGAGGGAGAUGGGCCGGCAAGAGUUCGUCUGGAAACACCAUACUGAGACAGGAGAGGUUUGAGUGUGGCCGAACCAGGACGGCUCAGUCUGAAGUGAGACAUGAAGUGGUGGACGGCAGGAAGCUCACUGUAGUCGAUGCUCCAGGAUGGAGGAGCUCUCUCUCCCUCAAAGAGAUCCCAGAGGUGGACAUACAAAGGUUUAAACUCAACGCGUCCAAGUGUCCGCCCGGACCACAGGUUUUUCUCCUUGUCAUCCCUGUAGACUCAGCUUUCUCUGUGGAGCACAGGAAGACCGUGGAGGAGCACAUGAAGCUCCUGGGGGAGCGGGUUUGGAGAUACACCAUGGUCCUGUUCACCUGUGGGGAUAUCCUUGGGGAGAAGACAAUAGAGCAGCACAUCGAGAGCGAGGGACAUUCACUCAAGUGGUUAAUAGAAAGGUGCAGGAACUGGUACCAUGUGUUUAAUAACAAGGAAAAAAGUAACCUGUCACAGGUCACACUGCUGCUGGAGAAGAUAGAUGAAAUGGUUUGGUACAACAACGGCAGUUACUACAAGGUGGAUGAACAGACCUUUACCACCAUUAAGGAGAAGCAACGAGAGGUGACUGAAAGGGCAAAGAAGAGACAGAGGAGGGCCGAGGAACAGCAGCAACACAUGAAAACGCUCGUUCCAGAGGGGAUGAAACCCAUCCCAAAACUCCAGAUGAUUCUCUUGGGAAGCCGCGGCACUGGGAAAACCUCCGUAGGAAACACCGUCUUAGGAAUCAAAGAGCAAGAAGACGGGAAAAGAACAGCACACUCGGUGGCCCGGCGGGGUUUUGUGGGUGAAACUGAAAUAACUGUUGUUGACACGCCAGGUUGGUGGAAAGGCUUCCCUGCGCUUAACACUCCUGAAGUGAUAAAAGAGGAACUGAUGCGCAGCAUGUUUCUGUGCCCCCCUGGGCCCCACGUCUUCCUGGUGGUGAUAGACGCAGACGCAUCCUUCAAUGCCAAACACUUAGAUGCCGUGACAACACACGUGGAGCUUCUUGGGGAAGAAGUGUGGAGACGCACUAUAGUAGUUUUCACCAGAGGAGACUGGUUGGGAACACAUACCAUAGAAGAGUAUAUCGAAGGAGAGGGAGAAGCCUUACAGUCUCUAGUUGAACUAUGUGGAAACAGAUACCAUGUCAUUGAUAACAAGAAUGCUGAUGAUGGCACUCAAAUCGCUGAGCUGCUGGAGAAGAUCACUGGGACUGUGGCUGGAAACAACUGGGGCCAUUUUGUCCCUGAUGAGCAGAUAUUUGUGACCAUCGACGAAAGGAGAAGAGGAGUGGAAGAAAGAGCGAGACUGAGGGAAAGUCAAGUCAAGGCCAAAACAGAAACCCUCAGAGAUUCCACAAAUAAGUUACAGGAGCUGAGGAUAAUGAUGCUCGGUCAGAGGACGUCUGGAAAGAGCGCAACGGGAAAUAACCUCCUGCAUAAAGAGGUGUUUCCCUCUCGAGAGAAUGAGCGCUGUCGGGUGGAGGAGGGGGAAGUUGCUGGCAGACGGAUCACGGUGAUCGACACCCCAGGCUGGAGGAGGAAGGCAUCUCGCUGCACUGAAGACCUAGAUAGAGAAAUUGUCAGUGGUCUUUCACUGAGCCCAUCAGGGGUUCAUGCUAUUCUGCUGGUCAUUCCCUUGGACCUGGUGUUCACAGAUGUUCAAAUGGUCGCCCUGGAGGAACACAUGAACCUCUUUGAUGCCAGCGUCUGGAAACACACAAUGGUUCUGUUCACAUACGGAGACAAGCUGGCAGACAGAUCUGUAGAGGAGCACAUUGAGAGGGAGCAUGGCGCCCUACGCUGGGUGGUAGACAAGUGUGAGAACAAGUACCAUGUCAUGAACAAUAUUAAGAAAACUGAUCUGAGACAGGUCACCGAGCUGUUUGAGAAGAUAGAGCAAAUGGUGGCAGGUAACAGCGGCCGGCUCUUCUGCCCAGACAUGAAAGACAUCCACCUGAGAAUUGAUGAGAAGUUCAGGAGGAUGCAGAUCAAAAACGUGCUGAAGCACCGACUGGAGCACGGGUACAGGAAGAGAGAGCUGGAGCUGAAGAUUGGCUUCAAGGAAACACUCCUUGAGCUGCAAGCUGAGAUCAGGAAAAGUAUGACCAGCACUAAACCUAAGGCACUGACCAGGGGUACUGGAACGAAGAGGAAGGAGGAAACCAUAGAUGCGAAAAUCAGCCGGGAAAUCGAAAAGCUGAAUAAGGAAAUACUGAUUUCCAUAAAUCUUCUUCAGGGCAGCAAAGACUGCUUGAUUCCCAGCUUGAAGGGAGACAGUCCACCGCUGUCUGUUGCCGAGUCUUUGCCAGACAGGAAAAAACCCACCAGCCACUUUGACAAAGUUCUGUGUUGGCUGUCAACGAUGCAGAUCCGCACAAAUGAAGAGAACAACCUGACCCUGAACUUCUCUCAGACGUCAGGGUACAGAUCUGUGCUACCACAUGACGACUUGGACUUCAGCAUAGAAGCUGACACUUCUCAAUGAGCAGUCUCAACAGACUGGUGUAAUAGAAAAUCCACUCUAUGUGAAAGGUCAGGCCUAUGUGAAACAUCACGGAAGAAUUAACAUCAUGUAAUAAUAUGAUCCAGUACUUAGAGGGUGGCAGUGGUCUGGAAGUUAGAGAAGUGAGCUUGUGACUGAAGAGGAACAGUCUGGUUUUGGGGGACAACACUGUAUAUUAGGUACAGCUUACUUAUAAGACUUUCUAAUCAUUAAACUGCACUAAACUUCCUAUUCUUUUUUUAGGUGAUUUACAUAUUCUUGUUUUCACAUUUACAAUAAAAUGAACAACAGAUAUUCCUGGUAAAAAAAAACAAGCAAACUACAUUGUAGUUAUGAAUUCUGACCUGCGUGAAAGUACAUGAAUUCACACAAUAUAUUGUUUUUAGGAUGUACAAUACCAAACAUGCAGUUUGUUAUUUGCUGUGACUGGGCAAAGGCUUCUGACUUUCUUAGAGAAAGAGGCGUAGAGUCAGUGGUACAAAAAUAAUCGUGGUCUUCUCUGCCUUGACAUUUUGAGAUGAGAAUAUAUAUCAUGUUACUUCAUUAGAUGGGCACAACAAAUGCUGCUUAAAGUGUCAAUCAAACUGCUGGGCAAUAAAAGAAAUCUAUACUUUAGGUGCCUUUUCAUUAAACUCAGUGUGAUGAGAUGGAGAUGUUUCCUCCUUUUGUCUCAGGUGUAAAUCUGUGUAUUUCAGAAGACAAACCCAUUUCCUCUCAUGUUUUCUGUAUCUAUCACCUGUCAGAGGAGGGUAUGGCCUAAAGUUAAGAAUACCAAAUGAGAUAGCAAAUCAACCGAAGACAGAUUUAUGCUAAGCCCCGAUAACAUUUGUUCAUGUCAGAUGUCUUCAUCAUACAAAUGAAAGCCAAUGAAUGGUUUUUAUUUUCUUUGUAAAGUAUGUAAUUUAACGACAACUCUAAAUAAUCACUUAAUCACCAAACUCAAUAUUAUUGUUUUCUCUUAUGGGGAUGUGUUCAACUUGUGUGUGGUUGCAUGCCAUGAUUGAACAAUGUAAGGGCAAGACUGUUUUGAACCUACCUCAAAUAUAACUGGAAUUUGUGUCCUGC